AUGGGUGUUGAUAAGAGAAGAAUACUGUUAUUGAUAAAGUUCAAGAGGAGACAAAGAGCCGUGCAGGUGCUUUUUAGGUUUGUUAAUGAAGGACGUGAAUCGAUUCUCAAGACACUUUGGCAUCACUCAGUUGCUGUGAUGUGUUGCUCUUUGAAGGAUCUUGUUGAGAUUGUUCUAGAACCUAUUAACAAGUGGCAGGAUGUUGGACCAGAUCAUUUUAACAUAUUGGAUGCUUUUUAUGCUGAGCCACAAAGAUAUGCAUAUACCUUCCAAAACUAUGUUUUUGUUAUAAGAGUUAUGCAGGAAAGUGAAUCUUUUGGUGGAAUUAAGCCUCUCAGAUUGAUGGAAAUGAGUGUUUUCAGCGAUAGGAUGGUCUUUGUGCGAGCUGUUUAUGAAGCUAAUUGGAUGAAUGAGAUGGAGAUCAGUAUUUAUGACUCGUGGUUUGAUCCAGUUGUUUCUUGUUUACCUGGGCUUAUUCCUAAUGGUUUUAUCUAUCUUAGAGCAACCCCUGAUACUUGCCACAAGCGGAUGUUGCUACGGAAGAGAGCAGAGGAAGGUGGAGUCUCCCUUGAGUAUCUUCGUGACUUGCAUGAAAAACAUGAGAGUUGGCUUUUCCCUCUCCAAAGUGGAGAUCAUGGGGUAUUUUCUGUCAAGCUACCUCACCAUAUGGACUGCUCCUUACAUCCUGAUGUAAGGGACCGUGUAUUCUAUUUGGAGGGUGAUCAUAUGCAUUUGAGCAUUCAAAAGGUUCCUGCUUUGGUUCUGGACUGCGAACCAAACAUUGAUUUUGGCAAAGAUAUUGAUGCAAAGCGAGAGUAA